GCCCCACUGAGGUCACGUGAGAUGUUUUGUUGACGGUUGUCGUUGCGUUUUGCACGAUGAAUUCUCGGGCUUAUCGGGCUGCUGCUGCUGCAAUGUCAUCGCCUAGCUAGAGGAAGGCAGCACACUGGAGGUGGACGAAACCAGGCUGGCAGCAGACGUCCUUAGCUUCACAAAUGCUAACCGAAUCUUGACAGUGUUGGCGAAGGGAGAACAAGCCCCGAUGUGAUGGUUAUGUUGUUAGUUUGAUACAAAAAAAGGAGGAAUUGUUUUCACCACCCAGGAAGAGGGACCACCGUUCGUGAAGUUCAUAUGACGAAACCUGCUUUUUCCUGAGCCACUGUAAAGGGCUGACUGGACUGUGUUCUGUGUACUGAUCAAAAUGGCUAUCGUGCGACAAUUCAGAUUACUGGUGUGGAAAAACUAUCUUCAGCAGAAACGACAGAUUCUGGUCACUCUGGUGGAGAUACUACUGCCUCUGCUAUUUUCCGGCAUCCUCAUCGUCCUACGUCAAAAAGUUCCCUUCAAGGACUACCCAAAUGCAACCGUCUACGAGAGCUACUCUGUGGACAGACUGCCCCCAAGGAUGCCCCACCAACUCUUACAGCUGGCCUAUGUGCCAGGUAACUCCAGUGUGGUGCGUCAGGUGGCCGAGUAUGUGCGAGGCAGCCUGUUCCUCUCCUCAGUACGUGGCUUUGAAACAGAGGAGCAGUUUGAGGACUUUGUGAGAAACGACCCUCUGUCAGGAAAGAUACUCGCAGCUGUGGUGUUCGAGCACCCGUUCACCCAUGAUGAUGAACCCCUGCCUGCUAAGGUGAGAUACCACCUGCGUUUCACUUUCACCCCACGCAACGCCCCGCCCAAGGAGAAGUCGGAGCUGAACCCCAACAGUGACCUGGACUGGCACACUCUCAGCCUCUUCCCCCUCUUUCAGCUGCCAGGGCCGAGGGAGCAGUACGAUAAGGAAGGGGGCACACCUGGUUACUAUCGAGAGGGGUUUCUAGCUGUCCAGCAUGCAGUAGACCGAGCCAUCAUGAUCUCCUACAACAGGACCACUGCUUCCCCCCUACUGCGACAGAUCAGAGUGGUCCUGUCCCGGUUUCCUUACCCUGCUUUUAUAUAUGACGUCUUCAUCCUGGCUAUUCAGAACCAACUGCCUUUACUACUGGUGCUCAGUUUCACCUACACCGCACUCAACAUAGUUCGAGCUGUGGUGCAAGAGAAGGAAAGGAAGCUCAAGGAGUACAUGAGGAUGAUGGGUCUCAGCAACUGGCUACACUGGAGCGCCUGGUUCCUCAUGUUCUUCCUCUUCCUCUCCAUUUCAGUCUUUUUGGUCACUCUGCUCCUGUGUAUCCAUGUAAGCCCGAACGGAGCAGUACUGUCCUACAGUGACCCCACGCUGGUCUUUGUCUUCCUGCUUGUCUUUGCUGUGGCCACCAUCAACUUCAGCUUCAUGAUCAGUACCUUCUUCUCACGAGCCAAUGUGGCAGCAGCAGCAGGUGGCUUCAUCUACUUCAUGAGCUACCUGCCGUAUUUGUUCCUCUGGCCACGCUACGAUCUGCUGAGCCAUGCCCAAAAGGUGUCUGCUUGUCUCAUAUCCAACGUGGCCAUGGCCAUGGGAGCGCAGCUAAUGGGAAUGUUUGAAGGCAAAGGUACGGGUAUCCAGUGGUCCAACAUGUUUGACUCUGUGACAGUGGAUGAUGACUUCUCCAUGGCCCAGGUGUUGGGCUUGCUGCUGUUUGACGCUGUACUCUAUGGGUUGGUCGCCUGGUACAUGGAGGCAGUUUUUCCUGGGGAGUACGGAGUGCCUUUACCAUCCUACUUCUUUGUGCUGCCUUCAUACUGGUGCAGCAGUCCUCGCAUGGCUUUGGUAAAUGAGAAGGAAGAAGAGGAAGAUGCUGAAAAGGCUCUUAAAGGGGAGUUUAUCGAGGAAGAACCAGCUGGGCUAGUCUCUGGGAUCAAGAUAAAACAUCUUGCUAAGGAGUUCAGACUGGGCAACAAGACCCGGCAGGCUGUGCGGGAUCUUACUCUGAACAUGUUUGAGGGGCAGAUUGCAGUGCUGCUUGGGCACAAUGGUGCAGGGAAGACUACAACACUGUCCAUGUUGACAGGUCUGUUCCCCCCAACCAGUGGCAGAGCUUAUAUUAACGGCUAUGACAUCUGUCAGGAUAUGGCUCUGAUCCGCCGCAGUCUGGGACUCUGUCCCCAGCAUGAUGUACUGUUUGAUAAUCUUACUGUCAGAGAACACCUUCUCUUCUACACACAGCUGAAAGGCUUCUCUAAAGAGAAGAUCCCAGAUGAGGUGGACCGGACCAUCCGAAUCCUGAACUUGGAAGACAAGAGAAAUGCUCGCUCCAAGACUCUCUCUGGGGGCAUGAAGAGAAAACUCUCCAUAGGCAUUGCCCUCAUUGGUGACUCCAAGGUUGUGAUGUUAGAUGAGCCCACUUCAGGUAUGGACCCAUCGGCUCGUCGUGCCACAUGGGACCUUCUACAAGGGGAGAAACGUGGCCGCACCAUCCUGCUCACCACACACUUUAUGGACGAGGCCGACCUUCUUGGCGACCGCAUCGCCAUCAUGGCAGGGGGGGAGCUGCAGUGCUGCGGGUCACCACUCUUCCUUAAAAACAAAUAUGGUGCUGGCUACCACAUGGUGAUUGUGAAAGAUGCUCUUUGUAACGUGUCUGAGAUCACCCGCCUUGUUCACAUGUAUGUUCCUAAUGCCACACUGGAGAGCAGCGCUGGGGCCGAGCUCGCUUACAUCUUGCCUAAAGAAAGCACCAGCAAGUUUGAGCUACUAUUCGCUGAGCUGGAGAUGAACAGAGAGGAGCUUGGCAUUGCCAGCUACGGAGCUUCAGUAACUACAAUGGAAGAGGUUUUCCUCAGGGUUGGAAAGUUGGUGGAUUCUAGUUUGGACAUCCAGGCAAUCCAGCUGCCUGCUCUGCAGUACCAGCAUGAGAGACGCUCCCACGACUGGACCACAGAUGAUGCAAGCAGCAUCAGCGGCAUGACUGAUGUCACUGACUUCACAGAUAGCGGCACUCUCAUCUCAGAGGACUGCUCCAACAUCAAGCUGAACAUAGGAGCCAGACUUCACCUGCAGCAGUUCUAUGCCAUGUUCCUCAAGAGGGCGCUGUACAGCUGGAGAAACUGGAAGGUGAUGGUAGCUCAGUUCCUGGUGCCUUUGGUCUUCACUGUUGUGGCCUUAGUUGUUGCACGCACCAUUCCUGAUCAUGAGAACGCUCCUUUUCUGAGGCUGGCCCUCAGCCGAUACGGUACCACGAAGGUCCCUGUGGCUCUGCAGUCUGAGCCGGGUCCCCUGGCUGCUGCCUUGGCAAAAACAUACAGCUCACAACUCUCUGCCCAGCUGGGCCAGCUCGUCAACCUCACAGACUUCGCAGAUUACAUCUUGACUCAGGCAGAGAAAGAAGGCGGCAGCUUUAAUGAGCGCUGUGUGGUGGGUGCUGCUUUCCGUGGAAGCAGGAACCAAUAUCCAGAGGCUACAGCCUACUUCAACAAUGAAGGCUACCAUACUCCAGCUACGGCCCUCAUGAUGGUGGACAAUGCACUUUUCAAACUUAUAGCAGGGCCAAAUGCUUCCAUCGAGACUGGAAAUUACCCAAUGCCACGCAACCUGACUGAAUCUGCAAAGAGUCAGCUCACAGAGGGAAAGACCGGCUUCGUUGUGGCCAUCAACCUGAUGUAUGGUAUGGCAUCUUUGUCAAGCACCUUUGCCCUGCUGCUCGUAACAGAGUCUGCCAUAAAGUCUAAGCAUGUGCAGCAGGUCAGCGGAGUCUACCUGUCUAACUUCUGGUUUUCCGCGCUUCUGUGGGACCUUGUCAACUUCCUCAUGCCCUGUCUCCUCAUGCUGGUGGUAUUUAAAGCGUUCGGAGUGAAGGCCUUUGUGGACAACAACCAUCUGGUGGAUGUGUUGUUGUUGCUGCUGCUGUAUGGCUGGGCUGUCGUGCCGCUCAUGUACCUGCUCAGCUUCUUCUUCUCCACCGCAGCUACUGCCUACACACGCCUCACCAUCUUCAACGUGAUCUCUGGCACGGCCACCUUUCUGGCUGUCUCCAUCAUGACAAUCCCAGAGUUGAACCUGCAGGACCUGUCGCGUCUGCUGGAUAAGGUGUUCCUGAUCUUCCCUAACUACUGCCUUGGCAUGUCCUUCAGCCAGUUCUACCAGAACUACCAAUUUAUCUCCUUUUGCAGCACCAGUAAACUCACUGAGGAUUUCUGCAAGUACUUAAACAUCACGUACCAGAAAAACUACUUCUCCAUGUCAGAGCCUGGUGUAGGACGUUUCCUCGUGGCCUUCUCAGUUCAAGGUGUAGUCUACAUCAUUCUACUGUUCGUCAUCGAGCUGCAGUGUGUCCGCACUCUGCGGCGACUCCUCACCUCUCUGGGCCGAAGAGGGAAACAGUUACCUUUAAUACAGGAUGCAGCAAUGCUUCCAGAGGACAGGGAUGUAGCGGAAGAGAGGAAGAGGGUCCUGGAGUGCCAGCCGAUGGUAGAGUCCAUGGUUGGUAGCCCGCUCGUAAUGCAGGAGCUCAGCAAGGUGUACAGCAGCGGGCAGAAUCUCCUGGCUGUUGACAGGCUUUCUCUAGCUGUAGGGAAAGGAGAGUGUUUCGGCCUCCUGGGCUUCAAUGGAGCAGGCAAGACUACAACCUUUAAGAUGCUGACAGGUGAUGAGAGCGUUACCUCUGGGGAUGCCUACAUUGAUGGAUACAGUAUCUUGAGGGACAUUAAAAAGGUGCAGCAGCGCAUUGGUUACUGCCCUCAGUUUGACGCUGUGUUGGAUCACAUGACAGGAAGAGAAACUCUGUGUAUGUAUGCCAGACUCCGAGGGAUACCAGAGAAGUACGUGUCUGGUUGUGUGGAAAAUGUGCUGAGGUCACUGCUGCUGGAGCCUCAUGCUGACAAACUUGUCCGCAGCUACAGUGGGGGUAAUAAGCGGAAGCUGAGUGCAGGCAUGGCUCUGAUUGGUGGACCUCCCGUCAUCUUCCUGGAUGAGCCUUCAACAGGGAUGGACCCUGUGGCCCGGAGGCUGCUGUGGGAUGCUGUUACACGCACAAGAGAGUCUGGAAAGGCUAUAAUCAUCACUUCUCAUAGUAUGGAGGAGUGUGAGGCCCUGUGCACCAGGCUGGCAGUGAUGGUCAAUGGUCAGUUCAAGUGCCUCGGGAGUCCACAACACCUAAAGAGCAAGUUCGGCAGUGGUUACACGCUGCUGGCUAAAGUACACAUGGAGGCUGAGCUGGAGGACAGCGACCUCCUGCUAUUUAAAGACUUUAUUGAAAGCACCUUUCCAGGAAGUCAACUGAAGGAUGAGCAUCAGGGAAUGGUACACUAUCAUUUGACUGACAAAGCACUAACCUGGGCCCAGGUGUUUGGCACUUUAGAGGCAGCCAAAGAGAAAUACCGCAUUGAAGACUACUGUGUAAGCCAUUCACUGGAGCAGGUGUUCCUCAGCUUCGCUCAGUUCCAGCACUGCACAGAGAGUGGGAGGAAUCGCAGUGCUGUGAGCUCUCAGGGCCACCGUACUAAACCGAUUGAAGAUUUAUGCACAAAGAAGCAGAAACAGAAGUGCAUGGAGGAUGGCUGACGCACCUUUGCAGUUCUUUAAAGCUCCUGUUAGCUGGUUGUGAAACACUGAAAUAGAUGGUGAUGUCUCCAUAUAAACUAUUAAAGCAAACAAGACAGGA